CAGCCGUUCCGUGUUUCAAAUGAGCCAGCAGAGAGCCGAGGACCGCGUUGUCGCUCACGCUCUGUGGCAAAACAUCAAAGUCUAGGAAGACCGCGAUUUCAGAUUUGCUCGGCGUUUGGAUUGUUACUUCUCAUCGCUUUUGACGAAUCUGGGAAUUUGGGUGUUUUAUAUAAAAGGAAGGAAUAUCGGAGGCCUUCUGUUUAUAAAUUAAUUUAUAUCCAUAGAAGAGAAAGCAGCUGUCUUCCUAUCAAAACAUAGUCGUUCAUUUCCUCAAACGGGGCUGGUGGCGAGGAAACGCGUAAAUAACAGCGAAAUAUCUAGUCUGAAUUGAUAAUGGCUCGUCCCCGACCACGGGAGUACAAAUCUGGGGAUCUGGUUUUUGCAAAAAUGAAAGGAUACCCACACUGGCCAGCAAGGAUCGACGAACUUCCGGAAGGAGCUGUCAAGCCACCUGCAAAUAAAUACCCAAUCUUCUUCUUUGGCACUCACGAAACGGCAUUCUUGGGGCCAAAAGAUUUGCUUCCAUACAAGGACUAUAAGGAUAAAUUUGGCAAAUCCAACAAAAGGAAAGGCUUUAAUGAAGGCCUGUGGGAAAUUGAGAAUAAUCCUGGCGUUAAAUUCACUGGCUACCAGGCCAUCCAGCAGCAGAGCUCCUCAGAAACAGAAGGCGAGGGGGGAAACGCAGCGGACGGGAGCAGCGAGGGUGAGGAGGGUGACCCCGUAGAGACAAAGGGGGACAAGGCUGGGUCCAAGCGGAAAAAGACCGGCUCUUCAAAGAAGGCCUCCAAGCUGUCCAGGAAGGGCUCGGGUGCGGAAGAUGAGAAGGAUGGACAGGAGGAAGAUCACAAGAGUGGCUCGGAGGCCGGAGAUGCUGAUAAUGACAACGACUUGCAAAAUGCUUCAGAAAACAAGAAAGCAAGCCAAGGGACCCAGUUACUCAGAGAAGAACGCUAGCCUUUCCUGAGGAGGCGGCUUUAAGGGAAGUCAUUAAAUUGUGACUGUCAAGUGUUAUUGGAAAUGUGACAUUUUCAUUACUUUCUUACUCUCCGUUUCAAACACCCAUCCCAACUAAACAGGGCUCUCAUCUUGUAUCUCAGCUUAAAAAAAUGUUUUUUCCUACCAUGACACAGAAGCAUUCCUUAUUCAACUAUGUGGUCAAUUCCAAUGAGUGACCAAAGCAGACCAAACAGAUCAGCAUAUGAUCACAGCUGAUUUGUUCAGCUUGUGCCAUUUGUUCAUUUUCCAAUGAUUUUCUCAGUCUCUCAUAGUCAGUAGUAUCUGUAAUGCAGCAUUCACCUUAUUACUUGUAUAUUGUCGCAUAAAACUGCAUUAUUAUAAAAUGGUAAAAGAAAAUGGACUACCUUUUGGAAUAUUUGUCUGUAGAAAGCUCAUUCUGCGCUACAUCACUGUUUUAUGUAAUCAGAAGAAAACUGAAUGGAAAAAGUAGACUAAAUGUAUGAAGUAUUGUGCACAAAGGGUUGCAAUUUGUAACUCCGUAAUAUAUUCAUAUAUAUUUUAUUUUGCCGUAGAAUAUAGUAUCACUAGUAUUCUUCUAAACCUCUAGGCGACUGCUCAUCUUUUUACGGAAAAGUAAAAUAUUACCCGUCUGUGUGUCUUUGGAAUGGGUUAUGUUUUUAGGGCUUUUAAAAUGGCAUGCAUGACCACUGCACAUACAUAUCGUGAGACACAAGAGGUUACCGACGUUCCUUUCGGUUUUCCCAUCAACCCGCAGUUUACCGUUUGCACUACUGCCACGGGUCAGGUAUACCACUGUGCACUGCAGUCUGGGGAAGCAGCACUCAUGAUGACGUGAUAAAAACUCUCCGUUCUUCAGCGACACGACUGUGUUUCUCUAACAGUGAGCUUGGGGGGAAACCUGCAUUUCAGUGCUCACAUUUCCUCUUCCAAAAGUAAGGCAUUCCAUUUACAUUAUACAAGUUGCCUUUUGCUUUGCGAUUAUUAUUUUUUUGUCAGUACAAAGAAUAUAUUCUAUUUAUUUUUUGAUGCUAAGUAGAAACGCUGUGGGGAGAUAUAACCUCUUUUUUCCUGAGUUUCGAUGACAUUUUGAUCUUUGUUUAUGCUUGUGAUUGGACAUGUUUUUACAUUUUCCAGGAUUGUAGUUUUUUGCCAUUUAUGGAAAAAAGAUUUUGCACAAUAAAAUCAUUGGAAUGCA